AUGCGCGAUGCCGUCACCUAUACUGAACACGCCAAGCACAAAACCGUCACGGCCAUGGAUGUCGUCUACGCUCUGAAGCGACAGGGACGUUUUCUCUCUGAUUCCAUGACUUCGACUCCACGACUUCGACUCCACGACUUCGACUCCACGACUUCGACUCCACGACUUCGACUCCACGACUUCGACUCGACGACUUCGACUCGACGACUUCGACUCCACGACUUCGACUCCACGACUUCGACUCCACGACUUCGACUCCACGACUUCGACUCCGACUCCAACUCCACGACUCCAUCUCCACGACUCCGACUCCGACUCCAACUCCACGACUCCAUCUCCACGACUCCGACUCCACGACUCCGCAUCGACGACUCCGCUUCGACGACUCCGAUUCCACGACAUCAACUCCACGACUUCGACACCACGACUUCGACUCCACGACUUCGACUCCACGACUUCGACUUCACGACUUCGACUCCACGACUUCGACUCCACGACUCCGACUCCACGACUCCGACUCCACGACUUCGAAUCCACGACUCCGACUCCACGACACCGAAUCCACGACUCCGACUCCACGACUUCGAAUCCACGACUCCGACUCCACGACACCGAAUCCACGAUGAGUGUACUCCACAACUCCGACUCCACAACUACGACUCCACCAAUCCGACUCUACAACUCCGACUCCACAAAUCCGACUCUACAACUCUGACUCCACGACGCCACGACUCCAUCUCCACGACUCUGACUCCGACUCCAACUCCACGACUCCAUCUCCACGACUCCGACUCCGACUCCAACUCCACGACUCCAUCUCCACGACUCCAUCUCCACGACACCGAAUCCACGACUCCAACUCCACGACUCCGACUCUACGACUCCAACUCCACGACUCCGAUUCCACAACUCCGACUCCACUUGACGCCGUCCCUCAACUAA